ACCGUCGCCGCCACGGCCGCCGCUCCGCGGAGCUUCCCGGAUCCGAGCCCAGACGGCGGCGGCUCGGGCAGCCUGGGCGCCGCGACCCUCGGCGGCCACAGGGGGACGGGGAGGAGGAGGAGGAGGAAGAGGCGGAGGCAGCGGCGGCGAUCGCGAGGAGGAGGAGGAGGAGGAGGGUUCGCUCGCCCGCUCCGACGCAGACAUGGUGGACUGAUCCCCGCUGGGGCCGAGAGCAGGGUUUCCUGAGGCGCCCCCGCGCGUGGCCCCGCCGCGCCCCGCGCCCCGCAGCCCCACGCCGGCGCCCGGGUCGGGCCGGGCAGUCGCGUUCCCGCCGCGUCCCGCGCCCGGUCCCUAUGGAGGCGCCGCUCGCCGGCGAGGCCGCCGACCAUGCCUAGGAGGGCCGGGAGCGGGCAGCUGCCGCUACCCCGGGGCUGGGAGGAGGCCAGGGACUACGACGGCAAGGUCUUCUACAUCGACCACAACACCCGGAGGACCAGCUGGAUCGACCCCCGGGACAGGCUGACGAAGCCCUUGUCGUUUGCUGACUGUGUUGGUGAUGAGCUGCCGUGGGGAUGGGAAGCCGGGUUUGACCCUCAGAUUGGUGUCUACUACAUCGAUCACAUAAACAAAACCACGCAGAUUGAAGAUCCAAGGAAACAAUGGAGGGGGGAACAGGAGAAAAUGCUCAAGGACUAUCUGUCCGUGGCUCAGGAUGCCCUCAGGACGCAGAAGGAGCUGUACCACGUGAAGGAGCAAAGACUGGCCCUGGCCCUGGAUGAAUACGUCCGGUUAAAUGACGCCUACAAGGAAAAGUCGAGCUCUCGCACCAGCUUAUUCUCAGGAUCUUCAUCCAGUACUAAAUAUGACCCUGAUAUCUUAAAAGCUGAGAUCUCCACUACGCGAUUAAGGGUUAAAAAGCUGAAGCGAGAACUGUCACAGAUGAAGCAAGAAUUGCUCUAUAAAGAACAAGGCUUUGCAACCUUGAAACAAAUUGAUAAAAAAAUGUCUGGAGGCCAGAGUGGCUAUGAACUUAGUGAAGCCAAAGCCAUCCUAACUGAACUGAAGUCUAUCAGAAAGGCUAUUAGCUCAGGAGAAAAAGAAAAACAAGAUCUGAUGCAGAGUCUUGCUAAGCUGCAGGAGCGGUUUCACUUGGACCAGAGCAUUGGCAGAUCUGAGCCAGACUUGAGAUCCAGUCCUGUGAACUCUCAUUUAUCUCUCUCCAGACAGACCCUGGAUGCCGGGUCACAAACAAGCAUUUCCGGGGAUAUCGGAGUGAGAAGUAGAUCAAAUUUGGCUGAAAAGGUCAGGCUGAGCCUCCAGUAUGAAGAAGCCAAAAGAAGUAUGGCCAACUUGAAAAUCGAACUGUCGAAACUGGACAGUGAGGCCUGGCCUGGGGCGCUGGACAUUGAGAAGGAGAAGCUGAUGCUGAUUAACGAGAAAGAAGAACUUCUGAAAGAGCUUCAGUUCGUCACCCCAGAGAAGCGCACCCCGGACGAGCUGGAGAGCCUGGGUGCCGAGAGGCAGCGGCUGGAGAAGGAGCUGCUGUCGGUCCGGGGGGCGCCCAGCCGAGCUCUGGCCGAAAGAUUGAAAUUGGAAGAGCGAAGGAAAGAGCUGCUACAGAAACUUGAAGAAACUACUAAAUUAACUACAUAUUUGCAUUCACAACUUAAAAACCUCUCCGCCAGCACGCUGUCCAUGUCGUCCGGGAGCAGCCUGGGCUCGCUGGCCUCCAGCCGGGGGUCUCUGAACACGUCCAGCAGAGGGUCCCUCAACUCCCUCAGCUCCAGCGAGCUCUACUACACCAGUCAGGGCGACCAGCUGGACCCGGAUUAUCAGUAUAAACUGGACUUCCUCCUGCAGGAGAAAGGUGGCUACAUUCCUUCCGGACCCAUCACCACCAUCCACGAACACGAAGUGGCCAAGUCCCCCAGCCAGCCUGGCCGGAGCGGUCCCUGUGUGGCAGCGGCCGCGGCCCCGGGCCGCGCCCCCGCCCUGCCCGAGGCCCCCACGUCCGUGGCGUCCCUGUCCUCCCGGUCCUCCCUUUCCUCCCUGUCCCCGCCGGGCUCUCCCUUGGUCUCAGAAGGCACGUUCCCCCUGUCUCCCCACGACGUCGUCCCUCUCCAUCACUUCUCUGCUGACCUUGAGGACUGUGAAUUGAGCAGCCACUUUGCAGACAUUGGCCUCGGAGAAGAUCAGCCGUUGCUGGACUCUGACCCGGGAGGAGCGCCCCCGUCUCUCUCAGAGGAUAAGGACCUCACCGAACGCGCCAGGGCGCUGCCGCACGAAGGGCCUGCAGAUGUGGAAAAAUCACUACCAAAAAGAAGAGGAAUCCACUUGCUUGGGGAGAAAACCACUUGCGUGUCGGCUGCGGUCUCGGAUGAGUCCGUGGCCGGGGACAGCGGGGUCUACGAAGCUUUCGUGAAACAGCCCAGUGAAGUCGAAGAUGUCCUGUACAGUGAGGAGGACGUCGCUGUCACGGAGACGGCCCAGGUGCAGAUCGGACUCAGAUAUGAUGCAAAAAGGUCAAGUUUCAUGGUGAUUGUAGCACAACUCCGAAAUCUUCAUGCCUUCCUGAUACCUCACACUUCAAAAGUAUACUUCAGAGUUGCUCUGCUUCCCUCCUCAACUGAUGUCAGCUGUCUGUUUCGAACGAAAGUCCAUCCAGCCGCGGAGUCCCUGUUAUUUGGUGAUGUGUUCAGAGUGGCCAUCUCCCAGACAGCCCUGCAGCAGAAGACGCUGAGGGUGGAUCUGUGCUCUGUCAGUAAACACCAAAGGGAAGAGUGCCUGGCGGGAACUCAGAUCAGCCUGGCAGAUUUACCCUUUUCCAAUGAGAUUUUCACUCUGUGGUAUAACUUGCUUCCUUCAAAGCAAAUGCCGUGCAAAAAGAACGAAGAUGAAACUGAGGAUUCAGCAUUUCAACCAAGCCAGCCACUAGUCGAUUCUAUAGACUUGGAUGCAGUGUCAGCCUUACUUGCAAGAACAUCAGCUGAGCUGUUGGCUGUGGAACAAGAAUUAGCACAAGAAGAAGAAGAACCAGAGCAGGAGGAAGAGCAAAGGGGUCCAGAUGGAGAUUGGUUAACCAUGCAGAGAGAGGCCUCUGAUGAAAUUGUGGCUGAGGAAGGGGCUGAAGUGAAAUUGGCAGAGGGCAGUUGCUGUGCAGAAGACGUAAGCUCACGCCCGAGUGUGCCUGAGGUGAACGAGGACACAAGUAAGACAGAAAACAACUGUGCCAACGACCUUGGGAGUCAGCCACCUGCAGGAGUGCCCGCCCUGGUUGAUAAAGAGACAAAUACCGACGAGGCGGGCAGUGCCGGUGUGGCGGUCCGCCCCAAAGACCGCAGCGGCCUGAGCGCCCGGCAGCGCCCCUUCGUGCGGAGCAGCGUGAUCGUGCGCUCGCAGACCUUCUCCCCCGGCGAGCGGAGCCAGUACGUCUGCAGGUUAAAUCGAAGUGACAGUGACAGUUCAACCCUGGCUAAAAAAUCACUAUUUGUGAGAAACUCCACCGAACGGCGAAGUUUGAGAGUCAAAAGGACGGUGUGCCAGCCGGUGCUCAGAAGGGCAGCACCCGAAUGCCCCGUGCGAACCUCUCUGGACCUGGAGCUGGACCUGCAGGCCUCGCUAACCCGGCAGAGCCGCCUGAACGACGAGCUGCAGGCCCUGCGGGGCCUGAGGCAGAAGCUCGAGGACCUGAAAGCCCAGGGCGAGACGGACCUUCCGCCGGGUGUGCUGGAGGACGAGAGGUUCCAGAAGCUUCUGCGACAGGCCGAGAAGCAGGCCGAACAGUCCAAAGAAGAGCAGAAGCAAGACCUGAACGCAGAGAAGCUGAUGAGGCAGGUGUCCAAGGACGUGUGCCGGCUUCGGGAGCAGAGCCGGAAGGUGCCCCGGCAGGUGCAGUCCUUCAGGGAGAAGAUUGCCUACUUCACCAGAGCAAAGAUAAGCAUCCCGUCCCUGCCGGCUGAUGACGUCUGAUUACAUCGCUGACGAGAUCGUGUUUUCACCUCUUCAUUUCUUAGGGAGGGCAAAAGACUGAACGUUUUCUUGUUUGGGGUUUUGUUUUUUGUUUUGGGGGGUUUUUUGUAAUAUAA